CUCCAUGUAAUUUCUCCGGACACAGGCAUGGUAAUGAUUGCAUUAUCCAUUUCCCAUACGUCGCUUGCCAUUCUUUAUUGAUCAUUAAGCUCAGCAACAAAGCCGAAGGCCCAGAUAUUCAAUCUGCUUCAGAAGUAGUAAGAAAACAAGAGGAGGAAAUAAGAACACUGAUACGGUUCGAAGCAGAAUUUGAUGGUAAAAUGAUUAUAAAAGGUGUGUUCAGGAGAUAUGAAAGAUGGAAUCCUGUACGUCCAACAUUUGGAGCCUUCUGGGGCAUGGGAAUAGGUAUUGGUUGUGGUGUUGGAUGGGGCCCUGGUUUUGGCCCUGAGGUAGUUGGCUAUGUUGGAGCUGGCUGUGGUGUUGGAUUCAAUGUGGGCAUCACUCUGGCUGGUUUUGGAUUCGGUCUACCUGCAAAUUACCUCUUUGAAGUUCCUUACAAUGCUAUCAUGGCUACAACAAGUGGUGCAUCAGAGUUAGCCCAUUCAAGUGGCCUUCUUUCCAUCAAACAUGUUGCAGAGGAUGGCUGGAAUAAUAUUGCACCUCACAUCUCUGGUUUACAAACAGAAGCCUGUAGAAGAUUGUCAAGCUUUAAGAAGAAACGUUUUUCAGACAAAGAGGUCGACUUAUUUGGAUGGAAGAGUGUGAUGCCCGUCCCUAAUAUGUCUCUACUGGGAAGUUUAGGAAUGUUUGGCCAUCGCUUCUUUGACCAUCAGAAAGGGUUUGACUCAAGUGGUAAAGGACCUGGUCUUGGUGAUAUGCUCCCUCCAGGUCUAAGGUUAAAAUCCUCUUCGGUGCAAACAAUGUCUAUGGGCCAUCGAACUGGGGGAACUUCCUCUUGAAUUACCCGAGUUGUACUUGUGGAAAACUCUUUGCUGAGGGCCUGUGCACCCCCGGGAUUAGUCAGCACUUUGUUCUCGGACACUCGGUGCCAAUAAAAAAAAAAAUUGCUUGCUUGCAUUUGUUGAUAAUAUCAAACCAAUUUGAAAUUCUGGAAGCUAGUUGGAGAUGUUUUCACUAGUAUUUAUAGGGUCGUAAUUCACCAUAAUAGUUUUGAAUGAGCCAAGAGAAGGAAACAAACUAGGUAGUUGUGCCCUUAUUUUGCUAACUUUAGGAUCUUCAUUAAUGAGUUUUCAUUCCUCAUUUAGAUGACAUAUUUGAGCAGUAAAGUGAUUUGAAGAGUUAACAUCUUAAAGUUGUUUGUUUGGCAUCUCUUAUCUUUCACUCCAUUGUAAUUUUGCCUGAAGUGUGAGUAAAACUAUGCCUGGCAAUUGAAUUAGGAAGGUAGGAGUCCUCUAGUCAAAAUAAUUGUUUUCGGACUCUGAAGAAAUGCUAAACUCAUUGCACAGUAUAAAAUUGACUUAAUGGCCAAAAAUAAUGACACUCUCAAUUAUGGGUUCGGAUGCAUGAAUCUUACACAGUUUUUUUGCAUUUUUAUUGCUUAAUUUUGUUUCAUUUUUGUUUUUCAUGAAUAAAGGCUCAAAUUAUGUUGCCUUUGCAAUAUGGUUCCCAUGCUUGUAACGCAUUGAAUACAGUGUGUCUAUGCAGUUCAAAGAUGCUGCUGGUUUAGAAGAUUUUAUAUGAUAGUGCAUAUUUUUUUGUACUUGUGAUUUCAUCUCUCUUUGGACUUUCAUGUUUCUUACGUUUGUUGAUCAAGGAA